AAGUGCUCAUGCUGACAUGCUAAAGUUGUGAAAGCUAAUGAUGAUGGGGAGCGAGCCCGCAUUGGUUGGACGGAAGCCGGCGAGACGCCUCGGCGGGAUGUCCGAUGCGCUCUCUAUUGCCGCCGAUAUUGGCUUCUCCGUUUCGCCUUCUCCUUCCCAGGAGGAGGUCAAGAGUUUAUUGGGUGGCACUGAUGGAAAGGAGGAUAGCUUGAUAAGGGUUUUAAAGGAACUUACUGCUGUGCAAAGGAAAACUGCAGAUUUGCAAGUGGAGCUUCAAGGCCGAAAGGAGGACAAGAAUGUUGCUCAUUUAACACAUGCUAGUGAAAUGGCAAACAAAAUUGAGACCUUGACCAGGAUCACUACUAUAUUGAAAGAUGUUAUUCAGAACAAGGACCGCAUAGUUGCCCGGCUUCAACAACCAUAUUCAUUGGAUUGCAUUCCAGUGGAAGCAGAAUAUCAGAAUCAAUUUUCUGAGCUUCUUAUGAGGGCUGCUAGUGACUAUGGCGCAUUGACAGCCUCUGCAGCAGACCUCCAAUGGAGUCAGAACUUUAAAGAACCACCAUCAGUAUGGGGGGAAAUGCUUCGUCCAAUUCCUGUCGCUUUAUCUUCAUGUACCAGAUUCUUUGAAGCCACGUCAGCAAUGCGGGAUUCAUUUGCCACACUCCAAUCUCUCAAAUCUGGCCAUCCUUCCUCAGGAGCAGCCCCAAGCAAUGAUCCUUCUCAAAGAACACCCUUGGAUUCUGAUUGCGUGACUCCAGUGCAGAGAACUGAAUCGAGUUUUGAUGAUUCGAGUGUCAAAAGCCUAAGAAGGCAAGAAAUUGAACAGCAAGAUCCAGAGGACAUGAAUAGUAUAUCAUGGCCUCUAGUUUAAAAAGUUGGUGUAUAGCUUUGAAAGGCCAAGAAAAGUGGAAAGAUAAUUUAUUCACACUGCUGUGUCUAUUACCUGCAAAUUCUGUUCCUAUAUCUGUAAUUUGAUUCUCCAGCAGAGAAGUUUGUAAACUACAACCUUAAUCAAAGGAAACCUUGAAUUUGUAAUGCAA